AUGACCUCGGAAUCUUUACUGGCUAACUCUUACCCACCAGAAUUGUUGUCUGUCAUAUGUGGGUACGUCUAUGCUGCUGGACUUCCACCUCCGGUGCCAUGUCUUGACCCACCGGCUCAUUCCGAGGGUGGCGUACCCACAUUCCUCCCCUCCUCGUAUCCAGCUGCCUAUUGGUCCCAGGAUGUCGUGCGCAGAACCUUACUCAAUCUCACUCGUGUUAACCGCGCCUGGUAUGGAGCAGCGAAGCCUUGGCUGUGGCACAAGGUCGAAGUUCGUUUACCGCGUAGCUGGCUCUCCCUCGUCGAAGAGGUAGCCGGGGGCGAUGAAGACGAAAUUGACCCCGAGCAGGCUGCUACGGUUGUUGGUGAGACUAUACAGGUAGUUGAAGAUGCUACGUUGUCCGCCAGAAAUAUCAUGGGUGGUAUGACGGACAAGGAGCUGCACGAGAGGGUACUCGAAAAAUUGAGCGGCUUGGACGGGUCCAUCCCGCCAGAACUGCUCACGCCUCUCGCAAGCCGUGACCCCAGCCCGAGGCGUCUCAGGCCUAAGAGCAAAAGCCCGGCCCGCUGGAAGCUGAUGCGCUCCAUAAGCGUCGCAAUUCAAGAUGUUAUGGAACACGAUAACCCAGGUGUCUAUGUACCCGCGCCUGAUGAUCCUCGUCCAGGGCGUUUGACCCGGCAUCUCGACUUCAAUCAUUUUCGUACGAUCGGAAUGAGACGGUCUGUCGAAGAGGGCGUCAACAACCGUUUCGUUACAGGUGAAAGGCUGGAAGCUGUGUUGAAAGAAUUGUCCGGUCUCUUGGCAUUUGGUGCCACAGAGUACAUGGAUGGUGCCCUCACGCUCUCUGUGUUGACAGAGCUAUUGCUUCGAGGCUAUGCUUCGCAUGGCCGAGGACGACCCUCUCGUGGACGAGACCCGGUUUUCUUUGACCCAAAGGAUACUGAGGCAGAAGACCGCGAGCGGCGCAGGGAGUACAAGGAGUUGGAGGCGUUAGACCUCACCGGAUGCGUCAGCGCUGUCUUCGUGAACGCGCUCACGCAAUUCGUGAACGAUCAUUUCAUUGACCACUCAGAACUCCCGUCGAGCGGGAAUGAAGACGAGGGCGAGAACGAGCGUGGUCGUCCGAAGUCGCGCAGCGUCGUUCGCUACGAACCACUGGUAUUUUUGUCGUUGCAGCGCCUGUGUCUGCGAGGUGUCAAGUCCGUGCAGGCGCAGAUCCUGAAUCCGCUGGUCCUGGCGUUCCCGUCCCUUACACAUCUCGACCUUUCCUGCACACGUGUCACACCCGACCUUCUGCAGGCCCUAGGGACCUCGCCAACCGUCCAUCUGCAGUCACUUGCGCUCGAGCGGUGUAACUGGCUCACCGGUGAGAGCAUCCGGGAGUUCCUCGUUGAAGCGCCCGCCGCGCAGGGCAUUCGGGAACUCAGCCUAUAUGGCGACUUGACGUUCCCUUCCCCACUCUCCGAAGAUGAACUACAUAACAUCUUUGCGCACGCCCCGUGUUUUAGAACCGGGGCGCUGGCGUACCUGGACUUGUCGAGCGCGCCUGUUACGAGCGCACUCCUCUGUGAUGUGUGUGCGCCUCAACCCCAGCUACGCUCCUUGGGUCUGUCGCACAUCCGCAACCUCGAACUCAGUGCCGUGGCUGACUUCCUCAGAACGAAAGCGGUGAACGUCGAGGUGCUUACCCUUGUUACGUCCUCGCAGGAUCUCGGGUAUGGGGCAGAGGCAGUCUCGGCGCGCCAAGCGUCGAUCGCUCUUCAUGCUCAAAUCAUCCGUCCACUGUGUACGCCGCCAUUCUCUUGCAACCUUUCCUCGUCAAGCAAAGAGAAGAGCGCAGAGCCGCCCACCCGGCUGCGUGUCGUAGAACUUGCCACGCCCCUGCUUGCCACAGUUGGCUCUGGUGCAGGUUCGUGGCGCGUCAUCAAAAGCAAGGGUGGACGCGGAUGGUAUGUUGAUGUGGCGAGCGGCUGGGUCGUAAAGUCUCCACCCUCUAGCUGUGGCGCACAUAGUUCUAUUCUGAGGAGGGAUCUGGAGCAGGACCACCCGUGGCGAAUUGAAUUGGAGCGUCUUGCAGACGCUAACGGGAACGUUAGCAGUGGAAUUGGGUGGCAUGCCAGAAAGAUGGAGGUCUUGCAAGGCCACGGUCUUCUGGGAAGAGAAGCGGGGCUGUACGGCGCUGUGUCGUUCGCAUAUCAAGGCUGA